GCAGGAGGACGCGGCCCGGAUCCGGACGAGCUCGGUGGACCGGCUAGCCAGCGGCUUGGGAACAGACGCCUGUCCUAUCCUUUCCCGCUCCCCGGUCGCCCCCAGGGCGUCUCCACCGGGCCUUCCUCCCUUCCAUGCUCGCUUCACUUCCCCGGGUCUUGAAAAUAAUUGAAUGAUUUAAGGGUGCAGGUUCGAUGACUGUUGGGGAUACCAAGCUCAUAGAGGAAAACUACAUGUGAAACGCUUCUGAGUGAAUUUUGGAUGAAGCCAUCAAAUUAAUUAUUUGCCAUCAUGAGUAGAAGCAAGCGUGACAGUAAUUUCUAUAGUGUAGAGAUUGGAGAUUCUACGUUCACUGUACUGAAACGGUAUCAGAAUUUAAAACCAAUAGGCUCAGGGGCCCAGGGAAUAGUCUGUGCAGCUUAUGAUGCCAUUCUUGAAAGAAAUGUUGCAAUCAAGAAGCUAAGUCGACCAUUUCAGAAUCAGACUCAUGCCAAGCGGGCUUAUAGAGAGCUUGUUCUUAUGAAAUGUGUUAAUCACAAAAAUAUAAUUGGCCUCUUGAAUGUGUUCACACCACAGAAGUCUCUAGAAGAAUUUCAGGAUGUUUACAUAGUCAUGGAGCUUAUGGAUGCAAAUCUUUGCCAAGUCAUUCAAAUGGAGCUAGACCAUGAACGAAUGUCCUACCUUCUCUAUCAAAUGCUGUGUGGAAUCAAGCACCUUCACUCUGCUGGAAUUAUACAUCGAGACUUAAAGCCCAGUAAUAUAGUAGUAAAAUCAGACUGCACUUUGAAGAUUCUUGACUUUGGACUGGCCAGAACUGCAGGAACUAGUUUUAUGAUGACACCUUAUGUAGUGACUCGUUACUACAGAGCACCCGAGGUCAUCCUAGGGAUGGGCUACAAAGAAAACGUUGACAUUUGGUCAGUUGGGUGCAUCAUGGGAGAAAUGAUCAAAGGUGGUGUUUUGUUCCCAGGUACAGAUCAUAUUGAUCAGUGGAAUAAAGUUAUUGAACAACUUGGAACACCAUGCCCUGAGUUCAUGAAGAAAUUGCAACCAACAGUAAGGACUUAUGUGGAGAAUAGACCUAAAUAUGCUGGAUAUAGCUUUGAGAAGCUCUUCCCAGAUGUACUUUUCCCAGCUGACUCAGAGCACAACAAACUUAAAGCUAGUCAGGCAAGGGAUUUAUUGUCAAAAAUGCUGGUGAUAGAUGCAUCUAAAAGAAUCUCUGUGGAUGAGGCUCUCCAGCACCCAUAUAUCAACGUCUGGUAUGAUCCUUCAGAAGCAGAGGCGCCUCCACCAAAGAUACCUGACAAGCAGUUAGAUGAAAGGGAGCACACAAUAGAAGAGUGGAAAGAAUUGAUAUACAAGGAGGUUAUGGACUUGGAGGAGAGAACUAAGAAUGGAGUUAUACGGGGUCAGCCAGCUCCUUUAGGUGCAGCAGUGAUUAGUGGCUCUCAGCAUCCAUCUUCAUCAUCGUCUGUCAAUGAUGUGUCUUCAAUGUCAACAGAUCCAACAUUGGCCUCUGAUACAGACAGCAGUCUAGAAACAUCAGCUGGACCUCUGGGCUGCUGUAGAUGA